AUGGGUCCAAUCAAGUACCUCUUGGAGAAACCUGCUUUGACUGGAAGGAUUUCCUGCUGGCAGAUGUUAUUAUCAGAGUACGACAUCAUAUAUCGUGCUCAAAAAGCUAUCAAAGGAAGCGUUCUAGCUGAUAAUUUAGCUUAUCAACCCAUUAAUGAUGAUCAAUCGUUACAAGAUGACUUCCCAGAUGAAGAGAUCAUGCAUUUGAAAUCAAAAGAUUAUGAAGAGCCUUUACUAGAAGAAGGGCCAGAUCCUGAAUCUCUAUGGGGUUUGAUAUUUGAUGGAGCUGUUAAUGCUUAUGGUCGUGGAAUUGGGGAAAUCAUUGUCAUGCCUCUAGGUUCUCACAUACCAUUUACUGCAAGACUAAUGUUCGGCUGCACUAGUAAUAUUGCAGAGUACGAAGCUUGUAUCAUGGGACUAGAGGAAGCCAUUGAUCUUAGAAUCAAAAUUCUGGAUGUAUAUGGAGAUUCUGCUCUAGUCGUUAAUCAAAUUAAAGGAGAAUGGGAGACUCAUCAUCCUAGUCUAAUUCCUUACAGAGAUUAUGCCUGA